UAAAGCAGCGCAAAAACCGUGAAUAGCAAGGGCUGAUGCAUAACGCAGAGUUGUCUGUAUAAAGAAGAGAGAAUCCUCCUCAAACUUAUUUCUUACUCGUAAUUGUAAGCCUGCAUUUUACUAGGGUUCUCCUUUAUAUUAGAUCUCGAUCGUCAAUGGCUCAGCUUACUCGAUCAACCGGUAAAGUCACCUGGUUCGACGACGUCAAGGGUUAUGGUUUCAUCAGGCCUGAUGAUGGUGAUGCAGAUCUCUUCGUCCAUCAUAAAUCCAUCAAAUCCCACGGUUAUCGUACUCUCUACGAAAACCAGCCUGUUGAAUUCGAUGUUCAGCUUGAAUCCGACGGUAAGUACCAAGCCCUUGACGUUACUGCUCCCGGUGGGGGACUACUUCAUUCUCCUAAGAAAAACAAUGUUCACAGCCGUGGCGGACGUGGCGCUGGAUUUGGUGGAAACUGGAACGGUUCCAAUGAUAAGAGGAGAAACAAUGGGUACGCGUCUGGUGGGGUGGUCUGUUAUAACUGCGAUGGUGUAGGACACGUGGCGAGGGACUGUACUAGUAACAGAAGAAAUAGUAGCUAUCAUGGCGGUGGUUGCUAUAACUGUGGUAAUCCUGAGCAUUAUGCCAGAGAUUGUCCACGUCCAAAUAAUAAUGGUGGCGGUGGCGGUGGGGGUGGAGGUGGAAGUGGAAAUGGAGGUGGGUGUUUCAAGUGUGGCGGUUAUGGGCACUUAGCCAGGGAUUGUGUAAACAGGGGAAGCGGCAGUGGCGGUGGCGGUGGCCGUUGCUAUAACUGUGGAAAGUCAGGGCACUUGGCCAGGGACUGUGUUGAGGGUGGCGGGAGGUAUGGCGGCGGCGGAAGUGGUGGUCCGUGCUUUAACUGUGGGAAACCAGGGCACUUUGCCAGGGAUUGCACGAAGGUUUAAGGUGUUGCUGAUGGAUUAAUUGAUGCAGGAAAAAGAAAAAAGAGUAAUAUCGGUAAAUAUUGUCAUUAUUUUAAUCAGUAUUUCCCUUUUUCUUUAUUAACGGUUGGUUUAGUAUCUGGGUACUUGUAUUGCCCAUUGGGUGGGUUGUUAUACGUAGAAGAAGGGCUGCUUAAGAGAAAAAACUUCAGUUUUGAUACAGAUUAAAGGUGGUUCGGAUAUGUUUUAUUU